AAAAACUUGCGUAGAUAUUGAUCUGAAUAAAUAAAUGGUGUAUUGUUGUCCAUGUCCUAUAAUUGGAUAUGUGUUUCAUAGUCUGAAAAUUUGGCAUAUUUACGUUUAUUCCUAAAUAAAAAUAUACAUUAUAAUAAAAAGAAUGCAUUGCAUAAAAAUACAACAAAAAACAAAAUUACAAGUGUCAAAGGAAACAUUUUAGUACGGCUACGGUCAAAGAUGUCAUAGUCUCAUUAGAAGUAAUUUUAAGGAACCUAAUAAAUUUAUCACACAAAUGUUUAAUUUGAACGAAUUGUAUUUUACUUUUAGGCAAUAUGCUCUUGACGAUCAAGAAACUGAAGAGUCUGAUGAACACCUACUGGAUGCUGUGUGAUGCCGUACACCAGGCUAAUGACUUCUACUGCUAUCAGCUGAUGGCCGUUGUCUUUAACUCAUUUGUUCACAUCACUAUAACGUGUUACGCCUUUUUCUUUUGCGUCAGAGAAGGCAACAUGUUCGCCAUAAUUACUGAAGGAGCCUGGUUCCUUACUCAUAUUUACUACGUGGUUGUGUUGGUAAACUCAAGCACAGACGUCACUAACUCGGCUGAAGAGACAAGCCAGAUGAUAUGCAAGUUGAUCAACAGUAACCUGGACCCGGUCCUAAAAAAACAGCUGGAAGGGUUUCUCCUGCAGUUUCCUCAUCACAACGCAAGAUUCUCUGCUCUUGGAUAUUUUCCGAUCCACAACGAAACCCUCACAGCGAUGGCUGGAGCGGUGACAACGUACCUAGUGAUAAUGAUCCAAUUCCAGGACAAACCACCAUCCACCUAGAGCAUCAUGGGGUUU